CGUCCUUUCUUCUCCCUGGGCCUCCUGUUUUCUCGUGUGAGGAAGGGGCCUGAUGAGCUCACUCUGCUGGCUCCCGCUGGAGUGGGAGGUCCAGGCGGAUGACCCAGCGGGAAAGGCAACAGGCUGCUCAUCUCCUCUCUGCGGGGAGCCUGGGCUGCACCCGGGCCAGGUUAUGUUUGGCCAGUGCCUCCCCUGAAACAGCCGCCCUGGCCCCUUGGGACCACUGACCCCAGGCAGGACACUGCAAGGGAUCGAUCAGACCUGGCCUUGGGGCCCUGAUUGGUUCAGGCUGAGCAGGGCAAAUACCAAGGUCACCUACAAGCUGCUGGCCCCCUCCCCAGCCUCAGUCCAAAGCUGCCGUGGGCAGAGAGGCAGUGGCUCUUGUCCCCAGACUGAGCCUGUGAGCGACACCCGAGGCAGAAGAGCCCAGAACCAUGUGGAGUCUCAGGGCUGUGUUUCUGUUGCUGACUGCCUGCCUGGCCAUGAGUGCCAAUCCCGUGCUGACGCCGCCCGAUGCCAUCCAAGUGCAAGAGAACUUCGACAUCUCUCGGAUCUACGGGAAGUGGUUUCACGUGGCCAUGGGCUCCACCUGCCCAUGGCUGAAGAAGUUCAUGGACAGGAUGUCCAUGAGCACGCUGGUGCUGGGCGAGGGGGCGACGGAUGGGGAGAUCAGCAUGACCAGCACACGUUGGCGGAGAGGCACCUGUGAGGAGAUCUCCGGGGCUUAUGAGAAAACCAGCACCAAUGGAAAGUUCCUCUAUCAUAAACCCAAAUGGAACAUCACCAUGGAGUCCUAUGUGGUCCACACCAACUAUGAUGAGUACGCCAUCUUUCUGACCAAGAAAUUCAGCCGCCACCAUGGGCCCACCAUUACUGCCAAGCUCUAUGGGCGACAGCCGCAGCUUCGAGAAAGCCUGCUGGAGGAGUUCAGGGAGGUUGCCUUGGGUGUGGGCAUCCCUGAGGACUCCAUCUUCACUAUGGCCGACAAAGGUGAGUGUGUCCCUGGGGAGCAGGAACCAGAGCCCUCUCCACACAUGAGGGCCCGGCGGGCCGUGCUGGCACGGGAGGAGGAAGGAUCAGGGACUGGGCAACCAGUAACUCAUUUCAACAAGAAGGAAGAUUCCUGCCAGCUGGGCCACGCAGAAGGCCCUUGCCUGGGGAUGGUCACGAGGUUUUUCUACAACGGCUCCUCCAUGGCCUGCGAGACCUUCCGGUAUGGCGGCUGCCUGGGCAACGGGAACAACUUCGCCUCGGAGAAGGAGUGUCUGCAGACCUGCCGGACCGUGGCGGCCUGCAGUCUCUCCAUCGUCCCCGGCCCCUGCCGAGGCAACCACAAGCUCUGGGCAUUUGACGCUGCCCAGGGGAAGUGUGUCCCCUUCGUCUACGGGGGCUGCCAAGGCAAUGGCAACAAGUUCUACUCGGAGAAGGAGUGCAAGGAGUACUGUGGGGUCCCUGGCAACGGGGACGAGGAGCUGCUGCACGUACUCAGCUGACGGGGCCACAGGCCAGAAGACCACAGGUGGCAGGGAGGCUGCGGGCCGUUGCCUGUCCCGGGGGGCCAGGUUCAAAAUAAACACCCGUUGUAGACUCCUGAAA